AUGCCUGAACUCACCCUCUACGGCGCGCCCACAUCAACAGCCACAUCCCGAGUCCGGCUCACCCUGGCCGAGGCAGGAUUCACAGACUAUGAGUUCAGUAUCAUCGACUUAAAAAAUGGUGACCACAAGAAACCCGAAUACCUCGCCCACAACCCAUGGGGUAAAGCGCCCGUCAUCGUCACAAAUGAUGGCCUGACUCUCUACGAAUCCCGCCCCAUAUGCAAAUAUCUAGCGGCGAGGUAUAACAUUCCCCUUCUUCCUGCUGCGGAGGAUAUCAAUGCCACGGCGUUAUUCGAGCAGGCGCAGUCGAUCGAAGCGUUGCAUUUCUCAGAACUUGCUACUAGCGUGUCGAUUGAAAUGAUGAUUAAGCCGCGUUUCGGGGGUACGACUGAUCGCUCAGUGGUGGAGGCUACGAGGAAGAAAGUAGGGGAGUUUUUAGAUGUUGCUGAUUCCAGAAUCCUGGCUGGGCAGGAGUAUAUGGCUGGCUCUUCGUUCAGUCUUGUUGAUAUUUACUAUAUUCCCUGCGUGGAACGAUUGAUGGCGUGUGGGUUUGAGGAUUUAUUCAUGAGUCGGGAGAAUGUCAAGGCUUGGUGGGAGAGAUGUGUUGCUCGGCCUGCUGUGCGGGCCUUCCUGGAUGAGGAGGAUUUGCAGGGUCUUCGGAAGCAGUUGCGGGGUCGAUCGGAAUGUUUAUAAGCCUUUUUAUUUGAACUUGCAUGUGAUAGUCAUUUUUGAUUAACGAUUAUUCCGUCUCGAAAUUAAAUAAACCGUCAUCCCACGCAAAUUCAAGUUGAUUCAGUUCGCCUAAAGCGCCCAAGCCCGCUAUAUCAUCUGCUUCAUUACCAAAGUCGGAGAAAGGGUUGAACUGCUCUUGAAGGAAAGACGGCGCUUGUUGCUGUGUUGGUGGAAUUGGCGUCGGUGUAUAGUCGUGAAAGAGCUGCUUCGUACGACUGCACAAUGACUCGAUAAACUCAAUCGUUGUUGAGAGUGUAGUAUGGUCGAUUUCCCGAGCCGGGCUUGUAUCCAUUUGCACGAGUUCUGUCUUUUGAGCAUUCAAAAGCUCAAUUGCUGCCCCCGUCACCUUCUCCAGCGAGAUAUUGAUGUCAAGCAUGGAUGGUAAGGAAGACACACGAGAGACCCAUUGAUGGUAGAAACAUACCAAGGCGGACUGAAAAGCCAACGAUUCUCUGU